GAUGACCUUGGGAUCAUGGCCUGAGCUGAAAUCGAGAGUUGGUUGCUCACCCCACUGAACUGCUGCCCCUUUUAAACAGGGUGUGCACUCCCCAUUUUGCCACAAUCCCCAACACUUCCUAGUACAGUCGUUCUGAAUCAAUAAAUCUGGGGGUUUGCAUUUCUAACAAGUUCCCAGCUGCUGCUGCUGCUGCUAGUAGGGACCAGUUUGAGAACCACUGCCUAAUUGUAUCUUGGACACUCGAGUAGGGAAUCAUUUGUCAUAUUUCCUGCAUUUAAUGCUACCUUCCUGGCCCUAGGGGAGUUUGGAUUUGCAAUUUCUGGUAUAUCAGUAUUAGAAGGCUGGAUCUAAAGGUCCCAAGAGAGAGAUGGGCCAGCGAGAAAGAGAUUUGGGAGUGGCUGAGGCUCAGCCUGAAGCAGGCCUUCGGUAGCUGACGCUGUGGGUAUGUGUGAGCUCAUCUUCUGGGAGAGUGUGCAAGGAGGGAUGGGUUGUGAAUGAACAACUGAGUAUCACGAGGGCAUUGCCCACGCACAACUCUUCCCCACGUUAAAGGAAGGGGAAAAAGAUAGUUACUGUUCCAGGAAGAGGCUGGAAGAAACAUUCGAAAAGGUGGGAGAAGUGAGAGAGUUGCUGGUGGAGCAUUCUUGGCCUUAAUCUUAGAGAGAGGACUGUGGGCAAACCUCUGAGGCUAAAGCUUAAAUAGUUAAAUGGUGAGCUCUAGGUGAGCUCCCAGUCUGGGGAAGGAUAGGAAGCAGGUGUCCAGUUACCCCACGGCAUGCCUGGUAACCUGCUGUUGCUCUGAGGCAUAGCUUGUUGUGGCAAUUGUCUCUGGGGCUGCAGUGACACAGCGGCAGCUUGGAGCUGAGCAUGGCCCUCUCUCAGCUCCUCUGCCUGCUGCCGUGGCCUUGGUGGCACCCUCCCUCAGUGGUCAGCCCGGGGCUUCCUCAGCCCAUGCAGUCCCCUGCUACCACUGCUGAGGGCCUCAGUGGCCCUCCCUUUGGGGCCUACCCACUCCCUACCUUCAAGUUUCAGCCUCGCUCUGAGAGUGUGGACUGGAGGCGCAUCAGCGCCCUGGAUGUGGACCGCGUGGCACGGGAGCUGGAUGUGGCCACCCUGCAGGAAAACAUCACGGGUGUCACCUUCUGCAAUUUGGACCGGGAGGCGUGCAGCCGCUGCGGGCAGCCCGUGGACCCGGUGCUGCUCAAGGUGCUGCGCUUGGCUCAGCUCACCAUCGAGUACCUGCUGCACUGCCAGGAUUGCCUGAGCGCCGGCGUUGCCCAGCUUGAGGCCCGGCUGCAGGCCAGCCUGGGGCAGCAGCAGCGAGGCCAGCAGGAGCUGGGUCGCCAGGCCGACGAGCUCAAGGGCGUGCGGGAGGAGAGCCGCCGGCGUCGCAAGAUGAUCGGCACCUUGCAGCAGCUGCUCCUGCAGACGGGGGUCCAUGGCUACCACACGUGCCACCUGUGUGACAAGACGUUCAUGAACGCCACCUUUCUCCGGGGCCAUAUCCAGCGCAGGCAUGCGGGCGUGGCAGAAGGUGGGAAGCAGAAGCAGCAGGAACAGCCAGUGGAGGAGAUACUGGAGGAGCUUCGGGCCAAACUAAAAUGGACCCAAGGGGAGCUGGAAGCCCAGAGGGAGGCCGAGAGGCACCGGCAGCUCCAGGAAGCAGAGAUUGCUCGUCAGAAGGAGAUAGAAGCUAAGAAAGAAUUUGAUGAAUGGAAAGAAAAAGAGCGGGCCACGCUAUAUGAGGAAAUAGACAAGCUAAAAAAAUUAUUUUGGGAUGAAUUUAAAAGUGUUGCCAACCAUAACUCAACUCUAGAAGAGAAACUGCAGGCAUUGCAGUCCCACAAUAUGAUGGAGUCCAACCUCGGGUCACUACGGGACGAGGAGUCUGAGGAGCGACUCAGGCAGACUCAGGAACUCCGGGCCCUGAAGGAGAUGAUGGAAAUGCAGAAAACAGAAUGGAAGAGAAAAAUGAAGGAACUGCAGGGAGAGCACGCAGCUCAGAAGCGAGAGCUGCAGGAGCAGAAUGAGAGGCUCCAGGCCUCCCUGUCUCAGGAUCAGAGGAAAGCAGCCGCCCAGGCCCAGCGCCAGAUCAGUGCUCUCCGUGCCCAGCUCCAGGAACAAGCCAGGCUCAUCACCUCCCAGGAAGAGAUGAUCCAGACCAUGUCUCUGAGGAAGGAGGAGGGGAUCCACAAGGGCCCGAAGGCUAUGGACACAGAGGAGGACUCUUCCGAGGAAGAGUUAGAGGACUCCGGAGACGGACAGCAGAAGGUGCUGGCAGCGCUGAGGCGAAACCCCACCCUGCUGAUGCAGUUCAGGCCAAUCCUGGAGGACACCUUGGAAGAGAAGCUGGAAAGCAUGGGGAUAAAGAGAGAUGCAAAGGGAAUCCCCUUUCAAACUCUCAGACACCUCGAGUCCCUCCUGAGAGCCCAGCGGGAGCAGAAGGCACGGAGGUUUUCUGAAUUUCUGAGUCUGAGGGAAAAGCUUGUCAAGGAAGCCACCAGUAGAGUGAAGCAGAGACAGAGACACAUGGCCCCGGCAUCCCAGUUGGACAGCGGGGCUCCAGUCAAAAGCCAGCAGAACCCACUGGCCAUCAAAGAGGCCCAGCCAAAGUCCAGGACACUGCAUGUGGCAUUGCCAUCUAAGCCAGCAGAGCCACCCACGACAACUCUUCAGAGCCGCAGCAGCCACGGUCCUGGCCUGGCUCCAGUGCCCACCCCUACUCCGCGCCCCAGAGCACGUGGACCCUCCGGCACCUCUGCUUCCUCAGGGCCCGGGCCAAGUACACCCCCAUUCAGUUCUGAAGAGGACUCAGAGGGCUCCGUGCAGCGGACAUCUCUCCAGCCCCCACGAGGUCCUUCCAGGAUGGGGCCCCGGCCAGAGGACAACUGGGACUGGUCUGACACAGAGACGUCGGAGGGGAGUGCCCAGCCCCCUGAAAAAGGCUCAGGUGGGCUGGCUUCCUCAGGAACCCUGGUGCAGUCGCUGGUCAAAAACCUUGAGAAACAGCUGGAGGCUCCAGUGAAGAAGCCUGCUGGAGGGGUCAAUCUGUUCUUAAUGCCCAGCGCCGGCCCACAGAAGGCUGCCGUGCCAGGAAGGAAGCCCCAGCUUUCAGAUGAUGAGACUGACUUGGAGAUCUCUUCCUUGGAAGAUCUCCCCCAGGACCUGGGCCAGAGAGAAGAACUGAAGCCCCUGUCUCGCUCAAAGCCGCCGGAGAAGUUUGGCACCAGCCCUUGGAGCCCUGGCCGACCCAGGGUCCCUGGCUGGUGAUCCCACCCCAGAACCUGGCUGGGGCCAGCUCAGGGUGCCCUCCGCCCUCCCCCCCCCCCCCCCCCCAACACAAGAGGCUACUAGGCCGCUCUUGUCUUCACCAGUAACUGAGAGGUCUUCUCUGGAAGAGAAGGUCUCUCUGGAGAUAAACAGAGCAGAAGGGGGAUAUAAUUUCUCCUCUCUUGCCUGUGAGGAGGGGUCCUGUUUCAGAGCUCCAGGGGCACCUGGCUGGGUGCUCCCAGUCCUAUGGUUUGAGAAAGGGUUAUAAUGAACCCUUUCCUCCCCCCACCUCCA